AUAGCGAGGACUUAAUCUAAACGAAAAGUUCUCUAAUCUUUAGUCUAAAGUACGAAGAUAAACUGUCAGGCCAGAUUCAGUCUUACCUCAGUUGUUUGUUUUGAGGGACACGGUGAGUAAACUGUACAUUUUUACACUGCACAUUCACUAACAUUCAGGUCAGUGUGUAACAAACCGCCAUCUUCAUGAUCUACAGUGUGACUUUAGCAGUGCCUUAGAAUCCAAGAUGUCUCUAUCACAUGAAAGAGAGUGUGCUGUAUGCACGAAUGACUUCACAACACCAAAGAUUCUACCCUGUGGUCAUCUCCUGUGUCGAGAAUGUGUCAUUUCCUGGAUGGAUUCCAAACCUGAUGCCGGGUGUCCGCUGUGUAGGUGUCCUAUAGUAGAGCAGUCAGAUGGAAGUUCGUCCGCCACUGUUGACGCCCUGCCGACAGACUUUGUGAUGGAAGCGCUGGUGGAGAGCGCUCGUGUGUGAGUAAAGAUCACCUUUGUUGUGUGUGUGAGGACGUCAGGGCGGACUUCAUCUGUCUGCAGUGCCAGGUCAUGUUGUGUUCAGCGUGUACAAAAGCUCAUAAAAAACUCUCAGUGACCCGCAGUCACGAUGUGGAGAGUGUCAGCACUGUGACACCUGAACGUCUGGCUGCCAGCCGCCCUGCACUGUGUGCUGACCACGGCGACAAACAGGCGGAGUUCUUCUGCCGCGAGCACCGCCUCGCUGUCUGCUCAGCCUGUAAGACUACCAAACACAAAGUAUGCCCCGAAGUAAACUGUCUUAACGAUGAAGUAGAGUCAGCUCAAAAUUCAAUGAAGCACUUGACAAAGAUUCUGGCAGAAGCAGAGCAGAAGCUAGAGCAGGUUAUAGGUCAGCUGACGUCACGUCUACAGGGAGUUAAUGUCAGCGAACAAGAAGACAUGGCGCUGGUAGACAAGUCAUGUGACCGUCUACACAAGAUGGUGGAAGAUUUUCGUAACAGGUUUAGGGACAAGAUUAGGACGUCACAUCUCGAAAUAAGGAAUUCAUUAUGUGACGUCAAGACUGACCUUAGCAACCGUCUAGGGAAGGUGACGUCACACAAACACAUUGUGACGCGAGUCAUCGCAGUGUCACCACGUCCUGCACUGAUACACAUGACACAGGCUCUGACAGACAGGGUCAACAGCCUGAACUUUAGGUCCGACUGGCAACAAGAAGUGUGGGUAAAGCACUUGUCAAGUGUGGAUUGUUGUCAAGAAAAAGUGAGACGGAUAGAAAAAGAGCUACUGAUGUUGGAGCUGGACCCACAGCCACCAGUCCUUGAGUUCCACGACAACUGUGGAGCCAACAUUCGUCUGACGAACUGGAACACGACUGUGGAGAAGAUAAAUCCACUUGCCCUCUGUAACGGGGUGGUCGUGUCACGUGACGCCAUGGUGGCGAACGUCUUGUAUGAAGUCAGAGUGGACAAAGUAUCAUAUAAGCACAACAAGUUAUCAUUGGGAGUGACAAGAAUUUCUCCUGCACGUCUCCUUGUGACAGAGUUGUCUAAAGACCUGGAAGAUUCUUUUAUCGUCUCGUACAUUGGGAUCUACUAUCGGGGACAAUAUGUGUUGACCAAGCAAGGAAAAGUUCUUGGGAGACUCAAAGUCGGGAGUCGAGUUGGGUUACUGGUGGACUCAUCAAACAACCUUCACCUCUACAUCGACGGACAAGACCAGGGUGUUGUAGCGAAACGUGUCCCACUGCCCUGCUUUGCUGUCUUUGAUAUUUGGAGUUCAGUAACAAAGGUGACAGCCCUUCCUAUACCUAGGAUGGCAUAAGAAAUAUCAGAGAAGAAGAAAAAUAUAGUUAAACCACUUAACGCCUUCUGUCCAGUUCUCCUCACUCGGUAACAAAGGUGUUGACGAUAGUAGCAGCUGACAGAUGUUUUCUACAACAGUGGUAAAGGUUGAAGAGUACACACAGACAGACUUUGAUGGCACUUUCAUGAAUAAAGUCUCGAUUUCAUCAAUUUUGCUCUGUUUCUGCUGUCCACUAAAUAAAAUUAUUACUCACUUUAAAGGGAUUUUAUCAGACUGUGAAAUUCUCUUUGAUACUACUAACUCUUUUUCUUUAUCAAAGCCUGCUGCUCAUAGAAGAUGAUUCGCUGUAAUUAUCAGAGAGUAUGUACUGCGCAUGCGCUGAAUAAUUCAUUUGGUAGGGUUAAGGGAUUUCUAUUGCACUUAUUAGUUUUUUAAUUAGCAUUGUGUGUUAACCUGUAAAUAGCCUAGUUACUAUUGCUAAAAUAUGAACAAUUCUUUUUGUGUAUCAGCUCAAUAUGGUACAAAGUAAAAUGUGUCUAUUCUUCUCCGAAAUCCUGCUACAGAAUGUACUCAUAAAAUUAAUACUCAUUAAUAAUGAAGUAUGAAACACAAACGUACACA